UAGGAAUAGAAGAUGGGUAGAAAAGAUGCGGCAUCAACAAGAACCCCAGUCGAUCAAUAUCGCAAGCAAAUAGGAAAUUGAUGUCAAGCCGAGUAGAAAUAUGGUGGCAUACUGGAGAAGAAUACUUUUCCUUUUAGCAUCCUACAAGCUUUUUCUGAUUGAGUGCACAACAGAUGAAGUUCCUGGUGAAUGGACGCUCCUUCAUGUAGUCGAGGGACAAAUAGGGGCAGGGAACUACACUUAUUUUGGGUUAAAUUAUGACGGAAAGAUAAUACUCCAAAUGCAGAGUCUUGCAGGUGAUGCUGAUCUGUACGUAUCUGCUGCAACCCUGCAUCCAAGCUUUGAUGAAUACGAGCUGCAGUCAGCAACCUGUGGGCUUGACAUAAUUACUGUGCCAGAUCACUUCAGCCGGCCAGUGGGCAUUGGCAUCUACGGACAUCCCUUUUACCAGGAAAGUGAAUUUGAGCUGCAAAUAUUUUAUGACAAAACCAUCUACGAUGAUCCUUAUGCUGAUGCCUCUUUUGAUCCUGAAGAUGUAGAAGCUAGUCAAAAAAAGCAGGGAAAAAUGCCACAGGAUACAUCUCAGGAGGAGAAACCUGUGCUGAAGGAUUUAAUAAUCGGGAUACUGAAACUGAUCCUUGAAAUACUUUUCUAAGUGCGCUUUCGUUAGUAUUCCAUACAUUCAACGCAUUUAUCUUUUUUGUAACUUGCAACAACUGGAAUUUUUGUUAACUUCAGGGGCUAAGUGCAGGAGCAGCUGCGGUUUCCUUCUUGGCUGUGAUGUUUAGCAAAUAUUUACUAAAAACGUCCCUCUUGAAUGUUCUCUAAUCUUGCGUGAUGAAGCUUUGGUGUUGAUGCUAGAACCACAACACGGACUAAAUUCUUCCCAAAGCAGGGGAUAUUAAUGUUGCUGUAGGGAUUUAGCACUUUGCAUUGUUUAUUAAAAUAAGUAACUAUUUCCACACUGUAGAAUUUAAUUUGGUAAUUCACAAUGUAUUUUGAUUAAGAAAACUGUUAGACUGGAAUCUGUACACCAUUUUUGCAAU